GCCCUGGGCGCGGGUCUGCCGGUGCGGGGGCGGUCCCCGGGGCGCGCGGAUGUGACCGUUGUGGGCGGUGGCGGGCCUUGGGCAGGCGAUGCCGGGCAGGAAGUCUUCAAAGGAGAAGAAGCGGCGCCGCUCGCGCUCCUGCUGUCCGGACGGAGCCUCCGGGACGGAUGGCAGCGAGAGGAAGCGCCGGAGCACCGAGUCCAGCCACGGUGCCCUGGAGGAAGCAAAAUGCAACGUACCAUCUGGAGAAAAAGUGGAAGAAGCUGAACAACCCAGUGAUAUAGAAGAAGGAGGAUUAGAUCUCAGCGUGUCACUCAAACCAGUCAGUUUCUACAUCACAGACAAAAAAGAAAUGCUUCAACAAUGUUUCUGUGUCAUAGGGGAGAAAAAACUACAGAAGAUGCUGCCUGAUAUUUUAAAGAACUGUUCCAUGGACGAAAUCAAAAGGCUUUGCUUGGAGCAGUUGGAGCUGUUAUCUGAAAAAAAACUGUUGAAGAUACUUGAAGGCAAGGUUGGAGCUGAUUCUGAUACUGACGAGGAGGCAGAUGGAGGAGUCAAGACUGGAGGUGAAUCAGUCAGUCAACAGGAUAACAGUAUAGACUCUACUUCUUCUCUGAGAGAAGACAACAAGCUGGAAGGUCAGGAAUCAAAACAAGGCAAGGGAGAAGAUAGUGAUGUCCUCAGCAUAAAUGCAGAUGCAUAUGAUAGUGACAUAGAAGGCCCGUGCAAUGAAGAAGAUGGCCCAGAUGUGCAAGAAAACACUGUCAGAAGUGGAGCUGGUCAGAUAGAUGACCUUCAGAAGGACAUUGAGAAAAGCGUGAAUGAGAUACUGGGGUUGGCAGAGUCCAGCCCAAAGGAGCCCAAAUCAGCAACUUUAGCCGUUCCUCCAUCAGAAGAUGUUCAGCCAUCAGCACAGCAGCUGGAGCUUCUGGAGCUUGAGAUGAGGGCCAGAGCUAUUAAGGCUCUGAUGAAAGCUGGUGAUGCAAAAAAUCAGCACUGAGAUUGUUUAGAUUUGAAUUUCAGUAUUUGUUUUGAAGGAUGUGAUGUCUGUUCUCUUCAGUGCUAAAGUAUAUUUGGAUUGGGUAUGGCAUUCCUCAUUCAAACAUGACUGUGUAUCCUGACCUAUGGCUUAAGCUGUUGAUGGUUGGUUUCAUUGCCUUUAGUCUGCUCUUCCAUGACGUGCACAGAAUGGUUUGAUGCUUCGCUGAGAUCAAGUCUCUUUGUGCUGGGUUAUCUCCUCAAGGAGUCAUACAAUGUGUAGAGCUAUGCCAGGAACCUGGUGCCUUCCAGAAAGGUUAGGAGAAUCAAAUUCUUUAUAACCACGUAGUUAGAAAUUAACAGCUAUUUUAUUUAUUAGUAACUUGUUAAACUACUUGAGAAACUUGAUUUAUAUGUACUUCAUUAAAAAUACCAUUUUGAAGAGGUCUUUUGUCGUGUGACUGCCUUUAGAAUUCUGUGAUGGGAUUUGAGAUUGCUUAUUUCUCCUUUGGGCCCAGCUCAUCAUAAUGUAGCUAGUCUAGUUAAAAUGAAUGAUGAUUCACUUAAAAGCAUACUUAGUUUUUAGAAAGUUGAAUUCCUAAGGGAGGGCUUUUUUCCUUUCAAAUAAACAGUUGAACCAUGUUAUUUUCAGAGUUAUGAAAGUGCCUGAAAGUGACGAAUACCAGAGUUUUUAUACUGUUGGUCAUUUAAUUUUGUCACUUUCCCUGUUGCUUAUCUUCUGUGUCAUAACUGAAAUAAAGAAAAUAGAGUUUUUUCUU